UUCUCUACUGAAAUUCGACGCAAGUUCUAGAUCAUCUAAAGCGGAUUUUAAAUCGUCGAAGGCGUCUCGAAUUGAUGGCAUAAAUUCGUCACGGACUGUUCGUGAAGUUCGUCCGCUCGAUGAUAUUUUGUUCGCGUGACGUUUGACGAGAUAAUCGCAGCUGCGACGAGACGUAAUGAUUGAAAUAGCGCGACGUGACAACACGAAGACAUCGUCCUCGAGAUAAUAUUGUGCGGGAGGCGGUGGCAGGCUGCUAGACAGGGGGUGGGUCAUGCACGCUGCUGUGAGCCGCUUCUGGUCGCGUGGACUCGCGCAUGUUCGCGGAUCGAGGUUGUCGACAUCGGUCAAGAAGACCACGACCGAGCUGGACGCGGCGGUGGCGGCGGAGGUCACGAGCAUUACGGAGUGCAAAACGUCUUUAAAAGAGAAAAAAGUUGUACCGAAGCUACAAAUUGUACGCGUAUAUCGAUGGAAUCCGGAAACGCCAAACGUAAAGCCAUAUAUGCAGCAAUUCAGCGUGGAUUUGAACAAGUGCGGCACGAUGGUGCUGGAUGUGUUGACGUGUAUCAAAGCGCAGCACGAUCCGACGUUGUCCUUCCGGAGAUCCUGUCGCGAGGGCAUCUGCGGAUGUUGCGCGAUGAAUAUAAACGGCGUGAACACCUUGGCUUGUAUAACAAAGAUAAAAGAAUCUCCGCAACCGCUAAUCAUCUAUCCUCUACCGCACACGUACGUGAUUCGCGACUUGAUACCGGACAUGGGGCAGUUCCUGGAACAAUUCCGGAAAAUCGAUCCAUAUUUAAAGCGACCAGCUGAGGACGACUUCCUCGGUUAUCGGCAAAUUCUGCAAAGCUCAAGGGAUAGAAGCAAACUUGACGGUUUGUACGAGUGUAUAAUGUGCGCAUGUUGCACAUACUCGUGUCCUCCUUACUGGUGGCUCGGCGACAAGUACUUAGGGCCUGCAGUGUUACUGCAGGCAUACAGGUGGGUGAUAGAUUCGCGAGAUAUGGCACAUGAGGAGCGACUAGCGAAGCUGCGAGAUUUCUAUUCAGUUUAUCGAUGUCACACUAUCUUUAAUUGCACCAAGACGUGUCCAAAGGGUCUAAAUCCGGGAAAAGCAAUAGCGCAAUUAAAACGUCUACUGGCCGGACUUACGAAGAAAGAGAAACCAGACCUUGAAACACCACUUCCGAAUCCCUGCAAUGGUGAAGAGCAAUAUUUAUGCAGAAAGGAAUAAAAAAAAUAUAUAUAUUAAUGACAAAACAACACAAUUCGCGAAAUGUUCUUUAUUGUAUAGAACCCAUUACUUUGAAUAAAAAACUUUGUAUAAUUA